AUGGCUAGGAGAUGGCAGAAGUUUGCAGCCAUGCAGCGGAAAAGGAUUUCAUUUCCAAGAAAUGGUAGUGAUGAAGAUAGUUGUAGUACAUCUUCAUCCUGUAUAGUUGAAAAGGGCCAUUUUGUAGUCUAUACAAUCGAUCAAAGGCGAUUUGUCAUUCCCUUGGCAUACCUUGAAAAUGAGGUCGUUAGACAACUCUUAAACAUGUCGGAAGAAGAGUUUGGGCUACCGAGUGGCGGCCCUAUUAAAUUACCCUGUGAUUCAGCGUUCAUGGAUUACAUCAUUUCACAAAUCAAGAAAGGUGUAGCCGCUGGCGAUCUUCACAAAGCGUUGCUCCUCUCAAUUCCUUCAUGUUUCUGUUCAGCUUAUUCUUUGCACCAAGAAAGUGGAAAUCAGCAGCUUCUUGUUUGUUGA